UGCGCGCGGGCUGGGCGGGCCCGGCGCGGCACCGGGGCAGGAUGGCUCGAGCGGGCGGCUGAGCGCGAGCGCCACCUUGUUCGCCGCCGCGGCCCGCCGGCUCACCGAGCCCUCGCUCGCAUAGUGCGCCGGCGUCGGGCCAUGUACUCGGGGAACCGCAGCGGCGGCCAGGGAUAUUGGGAAGACGGGGCGGGCGCCGAGGGCGCAGCGCCUGCGGGCACACGGAGCCCCGCGCCGCUCUUCAGCCCCACGGCGUACGAGCGCCUGGCGCUGCUGCUCGGCUGCCUCGCGCUGCUGGGCGUCGGCGGCAACCUGCUGGUGCUGCUGCUCUACUCCAAGUUUCCGCGGCUGCGCACGCCCACCCACCUCUUCCUGGUCAACCUCAGCCUGGGCGACCUGCUGGUGUCCCUGUUCGGCGUCACCUUCACCUUCGCGUCGUGCCUGCGGAACGGCUGGGUGUGGGACGCUGUGGGCUGCGCGUGGGACGGGUUUAGCGGCAGCCUCUUCGGGUUUGUCUCCAUUGCCACCCUCACUGUGCUGGCCUAUGAACGUUAUAUCCGUGUGGUACAUUCCAGAGUGAUCAACUUCUCCUGGGCCUGGAGGGCCAUUACCUAUAUCUGGCUCUACUCCUUGGCAUGGGCAGGAGCACCUCUCCUGGGCUGGAACAGAUACAUCCUGGACGUACAUGGACUGGGCUGUACGGUGGAUUGGAAAUCCAAGGACGCCAACGACUCCUCCUUCGUGCUCUUCUUGUUUCUUGGCUGCCUGGUGGUACCCAUGGGCAUCAUAGGUCAUUGCUAUGGUCACAUUCUGUACUCCGUUCGAAUGCUACGCUGUGUCGAAGAUCUCCAGACAAUCCAAGUGAUCAAAAUCUUAAGAUAUGAAAAGAAAGUGGCCAAAAUGAGCUUUUUGAUGGCCUUCGUCUUUCUCACCUGCUGGAUGCCUUAUAUUGUGACCCGCUUCUUGGUGGUUAAUGGCUACGGACACCUAGUCACCCCAACUGUGUCUAUUGUUGCUUAUCUCUUUGCUAAAUCGAGUACUGUGUACAAUCCAGUUAUCUAUAUCUUCAUGAUCAGAAAGCCAAUGAAUUAUGAAUCAAAGCUUCUAAACGUGAAUAUGAUUUCACCAAAUCUGAAAGUAUACUUUAAAAGUGUCCCUUCUGACUCACAAUGUCUGGCUUCCUGGCACUCUGCAUUUCUGACGAGCUCCCCAAGGGUCCUGAUGAUUCUGACUCCCGUUAGUCCACUUUACACAGUAAUCCUGAGCAACACAACAGACUGACAGAAGCAAGUGGGAGUCCUUCUUCCCAUAAGGAGCUGAAUGUGAGGAAGCAUUCUGGCCUACAGACUUCACUCAAUGCCAACAGCAAUGUAUCCCGAGCACUGAACUUGCCUUGUAAAAUAGUGAUUUGCUGAAUUUGUCAUCGAUUGUAAGCUAAAUGUGCCCUGCAUAUAGUUGGUGGGGACACUAAAAAACAUAGAAAUCAAUGUAUCUCUUUAUUGGUGUUUUCUGACCUGCGAAAGUCCCUGCAUUAAACAAAAAGGCUAACAUGUUGACUUGGCAUACGGAUACUCUGUACAAAGGCUAACAUGCUGACUUGGCAUACGGAUACUCUGUACAAAGGCUAACAUGCUGACUUGGCAUGAGGAUGCUUUGUUGGCUGCAGCUGACUUAAUGCUUAGCAAACAUCUCAGCCUUUUAGCCCAGUGACAAAGAAGCAAUAUCUGUUAUGAGGCCAGAGACUGUAGAUGGCGCAAUACCUCAUGACAGGGUGUUUCUGUGCAGUCAGUAAAUGUCCCCUGUACUUGUGGUACUUGUCUGUUUGACCUUGGUCACUCAGGCUCUUGUAGAAGUGGAAGAGCAGGGAGGAAACCCGAGAGGUCUCAGAAACACAGAAGAAGCCCUUGUCUGCUGUGAGUAGUGUCUCCAGAUCUCAGCCCAGUAGUCAUCACUCGGGCUGCUCACUGAGUAGUUAAUGGCUGAAUUCCUUAAAUCUGCAGGUCAAGCUGCCCUCAGAGAAGGUUCAUAUACAUUGGAACCAUGGAUACCACAGAGGAUUAGAAUAUUCUUUUUUUAUCUAGUGAACAAGAAUUGUAGUACAUAAAAGACCAAACGUCAAUGGGGGACUUUGGUAGACCUGGGCAUUACUGGAUGACUUCAUCCCAUGCCAUCUAAUGAGAAAGGGGGUGGGGCUGGGGAAAUGACAAGUCAGAGGACCUGAGUUUAGUCUCCAACACAUACAAACAAAGCCAGCUGUGGCGGUGUCUGUAAUCCAGCACUGAGAAGAUGGACGUAUGUGGGCCACUGUGGGCUCGCUGGCUAGCCAGCCUAGCCUAAGAGGCAAGCCUCAGGCCCCUACCUCAAAAGACAAGAUGUGAGCCGGGCGGUGGUGGCGCACGCUCUCUCUGUCGGGAGGCAGAGGCAGGCGGAUCUCUGGGAGUUCGAGGCCAACCUGGUCUACAAGAGCUAGUGCCAGGACAGGCACCAAAGCUAACAGAGAAACCCUGUCUCGAAAAACAAAACAAACAAACAAACAAACAAAAAGACAAGAUGUAUGUCACCUGAGAUUGGCUUUAGCAUCCAUGUGCAUAGGUGUAUACAUGUGUACACACACACACACACACACACACA